CGGUAGUGCUACUCGUGUUUGUUCGAGCUUGUGUCUGCUUGCCUGUGUCGUUCACGAAGCAUAUGGCCUUGGUAAAAUAGCCUAACGUUUUUCUUUCGCUAUUAAUUGCUGCGUUAUUUCAAUGUAAAAACAACGCUUUUCAACGUCAAACAAGUUUUGCGACUGGAUUUCGAUCAAGUUCGUGUCAUGCUAUGAAAAAUACUUGUGGAUAACAUCAUUAUCGUACUUUCGAGGAUACAAGUACGCCACGAGUGCAAUGUCGAGUGUAUGUACGUACUUCAAGAAUCAUCGUAUUUUUGUCAUAACUUUCGAAACAUACUAGAGCAGCGCCAUGAAAUCACUUCAGUUCUCCUCAUCAUGAACUCACGACAGCUGCUUGAUUCGAUAUGAAUGAUGAUCGAAAAACAAUACAUCGCAAAUUAUGACAUGGCUUGAUGUCUACAGUCGAUACUUCACGUUAACUUUCCAAAUUGAAAAGAAACUCUCCUCUUACGUAAUGAGAUAAGGGAGCGAAGAAACUUUUAAAAUCAUGACUUUGGUGCAAUCAAAUAACGACACAAUGAACAAUACAAAUAUAAACACCAGGGUACGGGUACAGAACUGCGUGACUAUCGAAAGCGGAUAUUGUGAAGGUGACAGUCUGGACAGUUUAAGGCGCACAAGAGAUACUUCCAAACCAUCUAACACCUCUAGCGAAGGAUUUGUAUCUAGGUCGUCUUCAUCGAAACUUGGCUUAGUCAAGGCCAUUAAUGAACUUGAGGUUAGGGAUUCCCCUAUGUCACCUGACGCAGAACAGGUAGACAAUACUGAUGAACCUGUACUCCAAAAAGUUAAUUCAGAUAUCAUUAAUAACAGAAUACGUCGUCAAGUGGAUUUGUCAGAUUUUAAUUUGCUGAAAGUUUUGGGAACUGGAGCUUAUGGAAAAGUGUUCCUUGUACGAAAAAAAACGGGUAUAGAUGUCGGUCGUCUUUACGCACUAAAACUGCUAAGAAAAUCAUUACUAUUGCAAAAGAGAAAGAUGGCCGAGCACACGAAGACGGAAAGGGAGGUUUUGGAAGCAAUUCGAGGCAGCCCUUACCUAGUGUCUCUUCACUACGCUUUUCAGACCGAGAGUAAACUUCAUCUUAUUUUAGAUUACGUUAGCGGGGGCGAAUUAUUUACGCAUGUUUACCAACGGGACCAUUUCUCGGAGACAGAAGGUCGAAUCUAUAUCGGUGAAGUUAUCUUGGCACUUGAGAAACUUCAUUCUUUGCAUGUAGUUUAUAGAGACAUCAAACUUGAAAAUAUUCUACUUGAUCACGAGGGUCACAUAGUUUUAACAGACUUUGGUCUGAGCAAAUCAUUAAAACCAGAUGAAAAAAAUGUUAGGCCAAGAGCUUACUCUUUUUGUGGAACAAUCGAAUAUAUGGCACCAGAGAUAAUUAGUAAUAACGCUGAUGGCCAUGGUCUAGCAGCUGAUUGGUGGAGUUUAGGCGUAAUGUCAUAUGAACUUUUAACCGGUGCUUCACCUUUUACCGUGGAUGGUGAAAAAAACUCUCAACAGGAUAUUUCGCGUAGAAUCCUUACCAAAGAUCCACCAGAGCCUAAAAAUCUAACCCCUGAAGGAACAGAUUUUAUCUGUCGUUUAUUGGUUAAAAAUCCACGUGAACGCCUGGGUGGUGGUCCUGAAGAUGCUGCUGAACUGAAAAAUCAUUCAUUUUUUACUAAAGCACCACCCCCUUUUUCAUGGGAGGCUCUAGCAAAACGCGAGAUACCACCUCCAUUGAAGCCCCGAAUUGCCCACGAAUUAGAUACAAGUAACUUUGCAGAUGAGUUUACCAAACAGCUACCCACAGAUGUCCCAACUAUGGCGCCACCAAAUUGCGAAAAGUUAUUUCCGGGCUACUCUUACUUUUCACCGUCGAUGCUACCAAGUGACGAUGCACAUUCAUCCGCUCAUCCAGAUAGUACAGAUGAAUCACCUUUCUUCAAACAGUAUGACAUCCACCAUAGAACUAGCUUCCUCGGCGAUGGUAGCUUUUCGGUUUGCCAUCGUUGCUAUCAUCGUGCGACGCGUAAGGAGUAUGCUGUUAAAAUAGUCAAACGACGAGUUGAUUGCAAGUCCGAAAUAGCACUUCUUAGAUAUUGCCAAGGCCAUCCCAACAUCGUGAAAUUGAUCGAAGUGUUCGAAGAUAGGAAACAUACUUACAUAGUUAUGGAACUACUUACAGGAGGAGAGCUUGCAGCCCGCAUCAAACCAAGAGCUUUCUCAGAAUAUCAGAUAAAGUGCAUAAUGCGUCAACUUGCUUCCGCCGUACAGUUUAUACAUCUGCAUGGAAUUGUUCACCGUGAUUUGAAACCCGAAAAUAUCGUGUUUCUUAAUUCGAGAUGUGACGCACCUAUCAAAAUCGUAGAUUUCGGCUUCGCUAGAACGGAACACUCACUGGGACAAUCUCAAGUACCAGGAUUUACUUUGCCUUACGCAGCUCCCGAAGUACUUGCAAAGCAACACUAUAGCCAAAGUUGCGACAUGUGGAGUCUUGGCGCAAUUAUGCAUACGCUUAUAGCGGGUAGGCUACCAUACCAGAAUGGUAGUGCUGAUCUUGUAUGCAAAAUCAAAUCUGGUGAUAUUAGUUUUAACGAACCAUAUGUUCGAAAUACUAUCUCAGCUUUAGGAAGGGAAGUGCUCAAGGGCUUGUUAACUCUAGAACCGACAGAUCGACUUUCUGCCAUUUCGUUAGUGAAUCAUCCGUGGCUUAACACUGACGACAGCUCUGUUCCCCAACUCAAGACUGUAUUGGUUGGCGGUCAAAGUCAAAAACGUAAAUGCAGCUCCUCUAUCAGAGAAGCUGACGAGGCAACGCUCGCACAACGUCGUAAAAUGGCAAAACAUUCUUCCUCCAGUUCUUCUUCUUCAACUUUAGUUGCUCCGACAUCCGAUACAUGCCUUCAACUAAAACCGCCUGCAUCCUUUGAUUCUUCUAGUCAGAGUUACAGUCUACAGAGCGAUUUUGAGAAAAAAAAAAUUGACUCCAAACGCGUAGAGAAACACUUGGAGACUCAGGUCACUCACAGCAAUAGUAAUGAAAGUUUUACUAGUCAGGGACCUGUAACUCGAUCAAAAAAAAGGAAAUUAGCCGAGUGCAGCGAAUUAAACAAUACUAAUAACAAACAAUCAAAUUGUCACAGGAAACAGAAGAUCGGAAAUAGGCCACAACGGCCACAGACUAUUGUUAUAGAUGAUUUAGAGAAAGUUGAGAAUUUGAAGAAUCUCUGAAAAUUGGUGGAAUUUGUUGAUAGGCAUUUCGUUUUGAUCAACGUAAUCAACAUGAUGUUUUAAUUGUAUAGUUCAUAUGUUCAUUAAAUAAUAUGAACAAGGUUCCAUAGAUGCUGAAGGCAAACCACGUUUACCUCAUAAGAUAGUUUUAAUACAUGAUAGUUGUGUGUAUGUAUAUGUAUAUAUAUAUAUGUAUGUAUGUAUGUAUGUAUAUAUAUAUAUAUGCGUGUCUUUAUGCUCGUGAAUGUGUAUUGUGCGUUUUAGAAAAUCAAGUGCAAUUCUGUUAUUAUAAAUAAGAUGAAUAUAUUCACGUUAACGUUUUCAUAUGUACAUGAUAAAAGAUACUUUCACGUUUGCCUUCAUGAAGUAAUGUCGUGGUAAAGACUGAAAUGAAUGUACGAUUGACUCAAAUAUAAUUUUUACUUUGGAAAGAAAAAUUAUAACUUUGGCAUUCGGCGUAAUAAGCUUUGUGAGUAGAAUAGACCAAAGACGACUGACAUAUUAUCGCAAUGACCAAAUAAAUAAGAAAUGUAUAAAAAUGGUGGUAUUUGGUGGAGGUUCCUCGCUACCUGAUCAUGUUAAUGUGUCGAAGUUGAACACAGUUGAUUUAUACAAAACGAUUAGAGAUGAUAUGUUAUUAUACUGUUCAUUAUUUGAAAAGUCUAAAUACUGGAUAAAUGAACCAGAUAACGUUUUUACAUUUUUAAGGAAUUAUAUUAAUAUGCCGAUGAUAUCUGAGCAUUUAAUUUUUGUAAAAAUGUUGAAUCAGCUUGAAAUAUAUGAUCGUUGGCAUUGCCUAAAAACCUAAAAUAAACGGUGAAGUUUUAGAAGAAAAGAAAUCAAUUUUAAUAAAUUAUUUAUUGAUUGAUAGAAAUUUACAUUGAUAAAUUAAAGGAUUGCAUGAUGUAAAACUACCAUUAACAUUGGUAAUUGAAAUUGAAUACUUUGAAAGAGAUAGAAUUUCGAGAGAAAACGAAAAUUGGGUCAAUACUGUAAAUUAAGCCAACAAAUGCGAUCACGAGAAAAUAACUUUUAUAAAAAUCAGCUAACUACUCAUCUUGUAGAAUAUAUUUUGAACAUAAGAAAAUAUCAAAAUCUGUUAUUUCGACUAUACAUGCAAAAAAAUUAUUAAAAAACA